GAAUAAGAUUACAGUCAUUGGGGUUGGUGCUGUUGGCAUGGCCUGUGCCAUCAGUAUCUUAAUGAAGGACUUGGCAGAUGAACUUGCUCUUGUUGAUGUCAUGGAAUACAAAUCAAAGGGAGGGAUGAUGGAUCUCCAACAUGGCAGCCUUUUCCUUAGAACAACAAAAAUUGUCUCUAGCAAGAACUAUAAUAUGACUGCAAACUCAAGGCUGGUUAUUGUCACAGCUGAGGCACAUCAACAAGAGGGAGAAAGCCGUCUUAAUUUGGUCCAGUGUAACAUGAACAUAUUUAAAUUCAUCACUCAUAAUAUUGUAAAAUACAGUCCCAACUGCAAAUUGCUUAUUGUUUCCAAUCCAGUGGAUGUCUUGGUCUAUGUGGCUUGGAAAAUAAGUGGCUUUCCCAAAAACUGUGUUAUUGGAAGUGGUUGCAGUCUGGAUUCAGCCCUGUUCCGUUACCUAAUGGGGGAAAGGCUGGGAGUUCACCCAUUAAGCUGUAAUGGCUGGGUCCUUGGGGAGCAUGGAGACUCAAAUGUGCCUGUGUGGAGUGAAGUGAACAUUGCUGGUGUCUCCCUAAAGACUCUGCACCCUGAUUUGGGCACUGAGGCAGAUAAAGAACAGUGGAAAGAAUGCAGAUACACUUUGGGGGAUCCAGAAGGAGCUACAGUUUUCAAGUAUCCUCACUGCUUAGGCUACAACAGGAUUUUAGUUAGAGAUUGUAUAUAUUGUCCCUUUUAUCUGAGCUGUGACUAA